CCGAAUUGCCUCAGCCGGCCAAACACCAUCGGAAACCACCACGGGAAUCCACCACUGUCACCAACUAACAAUAGUUACCUGCCACCGUCAACUGUCCCUUCCCUUCUGUCUGCUCUACGCCUACCCCAAACCCUCCCAAGCCACUGUCCAAUCUCUCCCUUGACCCACCUGCCCCGUGCCUAAGUCCAUACAGAAAAAACCCAGAUGGACAUUAGAAUUCAUCGGACGUGUGUCUUUGGAUCCGAUAAACUCAUGGCCAUUGUUGAAGCUCGCGACAUAUCAAUGAACCUUGUGAUAGAUCGCCGAAGCUCAUGUCAAAUCGAUGAAGCUAGCACUAGAUCGACAAAUCACGUUACAAGAUCGGCGAAGCUCGGCAACGCCAUCAAUGCCACUAAUGGAAGAAGCUCUCCACCGUUGGAUGUGUCGGUGCAAGUCGAAGAAGAUGGUCAGACGAAUUUCAUGAAGAAUCAAUGCAGAAGCUCACAGUGCUACACUGUUACUUGGCGAAGAUGGUCGACAGAUAGUUUUAUCGUGAGGGCAGCUGUAGUUGGGAGAUAGUUUAGGGUUAUUUGUUUUAUUACCUCCGGUUCCAAAUGAAAUUCACACGUCCUUUUUUUGGGUAGGUCCAAAAUAAACUUCACACUUCUUCUUGCUUCCUUAUUUGGCAAAUUAUCUAUAUCAAAACAGUGUCAAACAGUGUCACAACAAUGUACUCUACAGUAAAGUCAAAUUUAUUUCAUUAACUUAUGUGAAGUCAAAGUGUGAAUUUUAUUUGGAACCAGAGGAAGUAUUUGUUUUAUUUUUAUUAGGG